UGGCACACAGGUUCAGUAUGCGAGUGGAGUUCUACAGGCUGGAAAGGGGAUAGUGGUUAAAUCACUUAGCAUUAGUUAUUCUACAUGCGCUGCCUCCUCCGUCUUCUGUUCUAUGGAAAUACGAUGAUCACACUAGAUAUCAUUAGCCUUGACUGGAAAAAAACUAUCCGUUACAGUUUGGGAGAAUUUUAAAGAGGCGAAACGUCUGCAAAAGUGUUCUUCUUACUCUUCAGUUUUUGGAGUACAGUCUCAGGAGGAGAUUUUGGCUUCUAUUCCCAGAAGAAACAUAAGCUUGCAUGAUGGAUGAAUCACAGUGCUUCUACAAUGAAACCAUUGCCUUCUUUUACAACCGCAGUGGAAAGUACCUGGCCACAGAAUGGAAUACAGUCAGCAAACUUGUAAUGGGAUUAGGUAUCACCGUGUGCAUUUUUAUUAUGUUGGCAAACUUACUAGUUAUGGUGGCCAUCUACGUAAACCGUCGAUUCCACUUUCCUAUUUAUUACCUAAUGGCCAAUCUGGCAGCAGCAGACUUUUUUGCAGGACUGGCCUACUUUUACUUGAUGUUCAACACGGGUCCUAACACACGGAGAUUGACUGUUAGCACUUGGCUCUUGCGUCAGGGCCUGAUUGACACUAGUUUGACUGCCUCUGUGGCCAACCUUCUGGCCAUUGCCAUAGAGCGCCACAUAACUGUGUUCCGCAUGCAACUCCACACGCGCAUGAGCAACCGACGAGUAGUGGUGGUGAUUGUGAUCAUCUGGACCAUGUCGAUUGUCAUGGGUGCCAUCCCCAGCGUGGGCUGGAACUGCAUUUGUGACAUUGCUACUUGCUCCAACAUGGCACCACUCUACAGCAACUCCUACCUGAUCUUCUGGGCCAUCUUCAACCUGGUCACCUUUGUGGUCAUGGUAGUCUUAUACGCACACAUCUUCGUCUACGUGCGCCAGAGGACAAUGAGGAUGUCUCGCCACAGCUCUGGGCCACGCCGCAACAGAGACACCAUGAUGAGCCUUUUGAAGACUGUGGUGAUUGUUCUGGGUGCUUUUAUCAUCUGCUGGACCCCUGGUUUGGUUUUGCUGCUGUUGGAUGUUUUCUGUGCCAAGUGUAACGUGCUUGAUUUUGAGAAGUUCUUUCUCCUCCUCGCCGAGUUCAACUCUGCCAUGAACCCCAUCAUUUACUCCUACCGCGACAAGGAGAUGAGCGCCACUUUCAAACAAAUCCUGUGCUGUCAACGCCAAGAGAAUGUCAAUGGCACAGCAGAAGGUUCGGACCGCUCAGCUUCUUCUGUCAACCACACCAUCCUGAGUGGAGCCCAUAAUAACGAUCAUUCUGUUGUGUGAACACGCCAAGCAAAGGAUAGUUCAAGGGAGAUGCAAUUCCAGGUAUUCAGGAGAGAAAGGGAGCAUUUCAACACUCACCUGUAUUUUUUCGAAGGGUUUUCCCACAUACCUUAAGACAUUCCAUGAACUGCUUAAGGAUGACUGGAGAUUAUCCAUUAUUAAAAGGAUUAUCAAAUAAACCCUGACUUCCCUCUUUCCAAUUUUUACCUAUCCUUUGCAGCUUAUGAACUAUAGUCUUGGAAGGUGUUUCCUGCAUAUCUGAUCUCUGAUGUGUGACAGCAAUAUUGCCGACUGCUGUUCAACCUUCUUACAACCUUAUACCCACUAACUCACAUUUACAUGUAGAUUUUAUGCUUUAAAAAUAAUAACUAAAGGAAUUAAGAACACAUUUCAUGUAAUAAGCAUUUAUACCCAUUCCAUCAGCAUGCUUGUGAUGGACGUUUUCUCUUUCUCAAUAGGACUCCUUAUAUCUUAUUGUUUUUGUUUAGAUACACUGCCAUAACCAUUAAAGAUAUAUUUUUCUAUUUCAAGUGAAGAUGUAAUUUGUGGUUAGAUCUUUGUUUAAAAAGUGUGAAUUGAAUUUUGUGUGUACUGGCUAUAUAAAUGUAUGUAUAUCCAAAUGUUUCUUCAAAAAAGGGAACUGUUUCUUUGUAAAAUAAUUAAACAGGAUGGCAUACAUAAAUGGCAACUUUUAAACAAAGUUUACUGGCCUUAAUUUCUUCUUUAUGCCUUUAAAAUUAUACUUAUGGGAUUGAAAAACAUGUUUUACUGUCUUUUCAGCAUACUAAAUUGUUUUCUAAGGCCACUUGUAUUUUUUCAUUAUCUACUUUGGAUGUCUGCAUUAGUUUCCUUCAUUUGUAAAAUAUAAUUUAUAUAUGAAAUAAUGAUGUAUAAUUUAGUCAAGUAUUUGGGGGGUGGGGGGUGGGGAUAUGAAUACUUUUCUGCCCAUUAGCAAUAUCAUCAAAUUAGGAGAUUACCUGAAAUCUCAUAUCUGUAAAGUUGGUCUUCCAGGAAAGUUUUAUUUGGUCCCUAUAAACACUAAUAAACUCUCCUCUUCUGCCUA